UAUGGAAAGCAAAUUUUUGAAAGUGUGUUCAAAUAUGGCAAAUUAGUUCAGUUUCUGGUUCCCUUGUUUCCUAUUCAUAGUUUAUAUCACAACCAAGGAUUCCAUAGCAACCAUUCCAGGACUGAACCCAGCUGCAAGUGACCUUUAUGAACAGCUAAACAAUUCUAUUACAACCAUCUCAUUGAAACCAAAUCUGCAAGCCAAGCAUUAGCAAUUCACUAUAAGAAACCCCAACCCCACCAUCUCUUCCAGGCAACUCUAGCUUCUUAUUCAUCAUUUCUGGCAUUUGAAUCCAGAGCAAUAUGGAGUUGACGUAGAUGGCAAAACUAUGGAACUUCGCUUUGGCUCUUUCUUUGGUCAUCUUCUUCUUCAUCGCUCCGAGUUUUUGUGUCGUCCAAAAGAUGAAUCCCAUUGAUAGUUGCUGGAGACGGAACCCUAAUUGGCGAAGAAGCAGGCAGCAACUGGCCACUUGCUCCGUGGGGUUUUCAGGGAAGAUGACUAACAAUAUUGGGAAAGAUACUAUCCGCUACAAAGUGAGUGAUCCUAGUGAUGAUCCAUUGAAUCCUAAGAAAGGGACUCUGCGAUAUGGAGCCACCAUGAUCACUGGGAAAGUGUGGAUAACUUUCCAAAAGAACAUGAAUAUUCAGCUUGUCAAGCCCCUCCUCAUUAGCAGUUUCACCACACUCGACGGCCGUGGUGUCGACAUUCACAUCACUGGCAACGCUUGCCUUCUGGUCUACAAGGCAACAGAUGUGAUCAUCCAUGGGCUAAGGAUUCACCAUUGCAAGGCCGUAGGUCCAUCAUCGGUAAGGGGACCAAAUGGAGAAAUGGUGCCUCUAGGUCAGAUGGAUGGAGAUGCAAUCAGAUUGGUUACUGCAUCAAAGGUUUGGAUAGACCACAAUACACUGUAUUCAUGCCAGGAUGGUCUUCUGGACGUAACUCGAGGAUCUACAGACGUUACCAUCUCUAACAACUGGUUCAAGGACCAAGACAAGGUUAUGCUUCUUGGACACGACGAUGGAUACUUGAGAGACAAGAACAUGAGAGUUACUGUUGUGUUCAAUCACUUUGGUCCAAAUUGCAACCAACGAAUGCCAAGGGUUCGCCAUGGAUAUGCACACGUGGCCAACAACCUGUACCAAGGAUGGGAACAGUAUGCAAUUGGGGGAAGCAUGAAUCCUAGCAUUAAGAGUGAAGCCAACUACUUCAUUGCACCAAAAUCAGGAAAUAAAGAGGUAACAUGGAGAAAUGGCAUCAAUGGGAAUAGCAAGCCAUGGAAGUUCUAUUCCGUGGGAGAUGUAUUUGAAAAUGGAGCCUCUUUCAUUCAGACUGGUUCAGGUGGGGCAAAGCCUAAUUAUAAUGAUCAACAAAAGUUUAAGGUUGCAGAUGCCAAGUUUGUGAGGUCGAUAACAAAGUCAUCAGGUGCUUUAAAGUGUUUUAGAACUAUUAUGUGCUGAGACACAAUCAAUCAGCAAGACAAUGAAGGAAACGGUAGAAGCCAAUAGAUGGCUUACUGUGUAUUCGAAAAUCUUUACAUGUAUCUGAAUACACAAGUUGAUUUAUACACCUUACCAAUGAAAUAGAAUUUCAGACUAAAAUUUGAGUCCCAAAAUAUUUAAGAUAAGAAUUUCUUUUUAAUUUUAAAUUAUAUGUCGAGAUGACAUUGGAUGUGUAUAUAUUCGGGUGUAUGGAAGAGUUUUCCAUUGUGUAUCUACAUG